GAGCUUGAAGCAGAGAGAGACAAGUCCAGCUCUUUCAACUUCAAUCUGGGAAUAACUACACAUAUAUAAUUCUUAUAAAUUUUUCGCCUUUCUCCCAAAAAUUUGAUUCCUUUAGCUGUUUAGCUCUUCUGGGUUGGUUUGAGUUUCGAGUGGGGAUGUCUCCUAACCGAAGCUGAAGCAUGUAAUUCGGUUAUUCCGGUUGUUUUUUUGAGCUUACAUAUCCAUCUCUAUCCCUGUUCUUCCUCUCAUCCGAGAUUCAGGGGAUUCCAAGAUGAAUCUUCAAAACGGUCGAGGAUCUGUUUCAACGGCCAGUUCCAGUGGCGCGUGGAAGUCGGGAGAGACCGUACCUGACCAGUUUCCUGCGGGUUUAAGGGUCUUGGUGGUUGACGAUGAUCCUACUUGUCUAAUGAUCUUGGAGAAGAUGCUCCGUACUUGUCUCUAUGAAGUUACGAAAUGUAAACGAGCUGAGAUCGCACUGUCCUUGCUGCGAGAGAACAAAAAUGGAUAUGAUGUAGUUAUUAGUGACGUCCACAUGCCGGACAUGGAUGGAUUCAAGCUGCUCGAGCACAUUGGAUUAGAGAUGGACCUGCCGGUCAUCAUGAUGUCUGCUGAUGAUGGGAAAAGUGUUGUUAUGAAGGGUGUGACUCAUGGUGCUUGUGAUUAUCUAAUUAAACCAGUCCGGAUUGAGGCGUUAAAGAACAUAUGGCAGCAUGUAGUUCGAAAGAAGAAGAAUGAGUGGAAGGAUGUGGAGCAAUCCGGAAGUGUGGAUGAAGGAGAUCGGCAACAAAAACCAUGCGAAGAACCGGAUUACUCAUCCUCGGCAAAUGAAGGCACUUGGAAGAACUCAAAGAAGAGGAAGGAUGAGGAUGAGGAUGCGGAGGACAGGGAUGAUACAUCCACGCUAAAGAAGCCGCGGGUGGUUUGGUCAGUUGAGCUCCAUCAACAAUUUGUCGGUGCUGUCAAUCAACUAGGCAUUGAUAAGGCGGUUCCUAAGAAAAUUUUGGAGUUGAUGAAUGUUCCUGGGCUCACUAGAGAAAAUGUUGCUAGCCAUCUACAGAAAUAUCGGCUGUACCUUAGAAGGUUGAGUGGAGUAUCGCAGCACCAGAGUAAUUUGAGCAACUCUUUCAUAAGUUCUCAAGAAGCAUCUUUUGGAGCAAUGUCGUCACUCAAUGGGAUUGAUCUUCAAACUCUAGCCGCCACUGGUCAACUUCCUGCUCAAAGCCUUGCCACACUUCAAGCGGCCGGGCUUGGUAGGUCAACAGCAAAAUCUGGCAUACCAAUGCCCCUUGUUGAUCAAAGGAACUUGUUCAGCUUUGAAAAUCCAAAAUUGAGGUUUGCAGAGGGGCAGCAACAUCAUAGCAGUGGUAAACCAAUGAACUUACUUCACGGCAUUCCAACAACUAUGGAGGCAAAGCAGCUUGCCAACUUGCACCAGUCUGCACAAUCCCUUGGGGCUGUGAAUAUGCAAGUCAAUCCCCAUGGAGUCCAAAACAGCUCUCUAUAUAUGAUAGGUCAACCACAGUCGAGAGGGCAGAUCAUGAAUGAAAGUACCGGGACUCAUGUUCCUAGGCUUCCAUCAUCAAUUGGGCAGCCUAUGGUAUCAAACGGGAUUCCUACUGGAGUUAUAGGAAGAAAUGGGAUUUCUGAUGGUGGCAGAGGGACAGGAUAUAAUCCAGUGCCACAGAACUCUUCAAUGUUGAAUUUUCCCUUGAACAACACUCCAGAACUGACAGGCAAUAGUUAUACACUUGGCAGUACCCAAGGGAUGUCCAGCCUCACGCCUAAAGGGUCAUUUCCAGAAGAGGUUAACUCUGAAAUAAAGAGAUCUGGGGGAUUGGUUCCAAGCUAUGAUAUAUUCAAUGAGUUACAGCAGCACAAAUCCAAUGAUUGGAAUUUACAGAAUGUAGGCUUGACCUUUGAUGCCUCUCACCAUGCAAACUCAGUCCAUGGUGGCCUCGACUCCUCAGGUUUAGUUCACCAAGGUUUUCCUUCUAACCAAAGGAAUGGACAGAGUCGGAAUUCAUCUAAUGUUGGUAAACCUAUGUUCCCAAUGGGAGCAAGCACUGAUCAGGGGCACAUGCAAAAUACUAGUCAACACCUAAGCAACAAUCUUAUUGUUGACAAUACAGUUCGGAUUAAAUCUGAAAGGCUUUCUGAUGCAUCUCAAAAUAGCUUCUUUCAUGAUCAAUAUGGUCAGGACGAUCUAAUGAGUGCACUUCUCAAACAGCAGCAAGGGGGAGUUGGACCAGCUGAAAAUGAGUUCGACUUUGAUGGGUAUUCCUUGGACAAUAUUCCUGUGUAGAAUGUGCUCCCUACAAUCUUCUGUAUGAUUGCAGUUCUGGUGUAUAUAUAAGUGCCGCAAUAGAAUUCAUUUCUUCUGCAAUCAUGGUGGUAUCAAGUUUAUUCAAGUAUCCAAAUUUCAUAUCUUUCUUUGUGGAUAGCAUGCUUGUGCUGGUUCUAGGACAUUAAAGAUCGUGCUGAUGGAAAGUUGCGGUGGAUCGAUCGUGUCAAAAUAUAUUUGUUAUGCAUAAUACUGCUGCAUGGUAUGCAAAGGCAUACAUGCAAAAUUUUGGCUGGCUAGCAAGAAGCUGCUAUUUCUGGGGAUGAUGGUGAAGAAGUUAGCGCGUGUUGAGUAUUCAAGAGUAGGUUUAUUGAUACAUCUGCAGGCUUUGUAGGAGCCUUUUCUAACUCUAAUAACAUCAAGUUUGCCUUUUGUAAUCUUCUCAUUUUCUAUUGUAAUCUUCCUUUCUUGUUCAAGAUUUCAGACUUUGAUGUAUAUAAAUUUCAUUUGUUUGCUCACGGCAUAAGUCUGGGCGUUUAUUUCUGGUCUCUGAAAUUUCAAGGGAUUCUCUUUCAUGCUGUAGUUUUGGUACCAUUCUUAUGUGAUCCCUAUUCUUCAU